GGUGACAUGGCAUGCCAUUUUUUUUGUUUUAUUUUACACAUAAAUGCAUCUUCUGCAUUAAUAUCUUUAAAAAAUUUUUUUUUUAAUUUUAAAAUUUUAUUUAUUAAAAAAAGCAAAAACUAGAGAUCUCUUCAAAAUCGCAAAAAGAAUUCUCAAAAAAUGUCAACAGGAGUGCUAUCUUUUGUUAAGGGCAUAGAUUUGUCUUCAAAUGAUUUUUCUGGUGAUCGUUUCCCAAAUGAAGUUGUUGCAAUGACACAAGCAACUUGGCUAAAAUUGAAUAAAACACAAUUGGAAAGGGUGCCUGAUGUGCUGUCUAAUUUAAAAAAUUUGGAGCACCUUCAAAUGAUUAAUAAUAAAUUACAGAAUGUCCACGGUGAAUUGUCUGAUCUACCUCUUUUGAGAUCUGUGGUUGUACGCAAAAAUCAAAUAAAAACGUCGGGUGUUCCAACAGAUAUUUUCCGAAUGAAGGAUUUGACAAUUAUUGAUUUUGGUGAUAAUUUAUUGAGGGAUGUCCCUUCCAAUUUGGAAUAUGCAAAAUGUGCAAUUGUGUUAAAUUUACGUGGUAACAAUAUUCAAAAUAUACCAAAUCAGAUCUUCUCCAAUCUAAUUGAUCUCAUUUACCUCGAUUUGAGCAACAACAACCUUGACAGUCUUCCCCCACAACUUCGACGCCUAACUAGUUUACAAGUAUUGAAGUUAUCAAAUAACCCAUUAACUCAUUUUCAAUUUAAACAAGCACCAGGUUCAAACAAACUACGAGUAAUUGAAUUAAAAAAUACUCACAGAACUUUACAAAAUUUGACGCUUAAUUUUGAGGAAGUUCAAAACCUACAGGUUUAUUCAAAAACAUUUUUUUUGUUUUUACCCUUGAGAGGUUUUUUAAGAGUUUACUUGGGUUUGUAAGGAAGUUUAGCCGUUUUGCGGAUUAUUCUUGCUGGCUUUUAUUUGCGAACUUUUCCUCAUUCAGUGGAAGUUUAUCCGCAAAUUUUGUCUACAAAUUAAUUGUUGAUUGUUUAAAAAAUUUUUCCUUAUGUCCGCAAGUUUUGUCCGCAAGUUUAUAUUUAUUUUUGCGGACUUUUUUCAUUCAAUGGAAUUUUGUCCGCAAAUUUUUUGCGGACUGUUAAAAAAAUUCUCCUUAUGUCCGCAAAAUUUGUCCGCAAGUUUUGUCCGCAAAUUCAUAUUUUUAUUUUUGCGGAUUUUUAAAAACAUCUCGGAUAACUUUCGAAUAUUUCCGCCUUCUAAAAGUGUCAAAUUUAUUUGAUUAAUGUUCUUGACCUUUUUUUAAAUUUAUUUGUUAAUGUAAGCAAUACCCUCUUUUUUAAGCCUAUUCCUUUGGGAAUGAACGCCCACGCUAUUUUUUAAACAAAAAAGUCUCAUGUUGCUUUAGUUGAUCUUUAAUGUUUUGUGGGGUUUUUAAGGGAAAAGGGAAAUGGCAUGAAUGUAAUUUUGAAAAAAAAAUUUUUUUUUGGGAAAUGAAAGAAAAAUAUUGG